GCCCGACGUCAACCAACCAGUCUGAUUGAGCUAGCUAUUACCUUGUGUUGUUAAAUAGAUACCCAAGCAUAAGUCUUUGAAAACACCAAGCUACAAGCUGUUAACUUAAGUGUUAACCUUUAUAGAGCACUUUCUCUGCACAGCGACUCUUUUUUGAACAUCGAAGAUGAGCCACUCCACAUGGAGCACGGGUUUAUGUGGAUGCUGUGAAGAUCCCGGUGUUUGUCUAAGAACUUGUUUUUUUCCAUGUGUUACCUUCGGCCAGAAUGCAGAAGCCAUUGAUAAAACAUCUUGUGCCUGUGCGCGGUUGCUUUUCUGUGCCCUUUGCUUCUUGGGGGUUCCAUGUUUGUAUUCCUUUACAUAUCGAAUUAAGUUAAGAGGCAAUUAUUUAUUGCCAGGAGAAACUUGUGGAGAUUGUUGUAUUCAUUGUUGGUGUCUCCAUUGUGCUCUUUGUCAAGAGUAUCGAGAGAUUAAGAAUCGUGGACUUGACCCUUCCAGAGGUGUAGCCAUGGCACCUCCGGCUGUUGCACAAGGUAUGCCGCGUUAGGGUUCAUGAGGCUCACGAUAUUCUUAAAUAAUAAUUUUUACUAUAAAGUUGUUGCAAUGUAAUAAUGUAUUGUGGAUUGUUAAUCUUUCUUGUAUUUUAGAAGAGAUCAUCACUAUUUGAGCUUCUAGUGUAGUAAUAAGGUCUUGGAUUGUUCGUUUUA